AUGUCGGGGAUCGGGAAAAAGUCUAGAAAGGGUAAUGUGGCUUUAAAGUUGGACAUGUUGAAAGCGUAUGAUCGGGUAUCCUGGUUCUUUACUGAUAAAGUUUUGCAUAAAUUUGGGUUUGAGGAGCAUUUUAUUUACAUGGUGUGGAGAUUGGUUUCUAAUGUUUGCUUCUCGAUCCUUAUUGAUGGAGCGUCAUAUGGCUUUUUUAAAUUGAUCAAAGGUAUUCGUCAGGGUGAUCCGCUCUCACUAGCCUUAUUUGUCAUUGGAGCUGAGGUUCUAUCGAGAAGUCUGAAUAGUCUUAAUUCACACUUUGGCUUUGUGGGGUUCAGAGUACCAAGGGGGUGUCCUCCUAUGACCCACCUGGCUUUUGCUGAUAAUGUGCUUAUUUUCGCUAAUGGUUCUUCUUUCUCCUUAAAGAACAUUAUGCAGGUGCUGAUGCUAUAUCAGAAAUCAUUUGGACGAUUGGUGAACACCUAG